AGCGAGGAAAGUUUGAAGACAGGGCAAAGACAGACAAGGCCUUUAUGAAAGAGAAAUGAAAACUUCUAUCCCCCCCUAAAGGGGCGGAUAUCAAAGGAGAACAUCCUGGCCUAUCCAUUGGUGAUGUUGCAAAGAAACUGGGCGAGAUGUGGAACAACACCACCGCUGCAGAUGACCAGCAGCCUUAUGAAAAGAGGACUCCGAGGCUGAAGGAAGAAUGUGAAAAGCAUAUUGCUGCAGACCGAGCUAAAGGAAAGCCUGAUGUGGCAAAAAACGGAGUCGUCAAGGCUGAGAAACGCAAGAAAAAGAAGGAAGAGGAGGAGGACAAGGACGAGGAGGAAGAUGAAGAAGAAGAAGAUGAUGAUGAAUAAGUUGGUUCUAGGGCAGUUUUUUUGCUUGUCUAUCAAGCAUUUAACCCCCCUGUACACAACUCACUCCUGUUAAAAAAAAAAUUGAAAUGU